UUUACACACUGGACCUUAUACUUAGUCACUUUCCACCAGUGAAACUAACAGGUGCUCUAUUUCAUAUUUGCUGCUUGGCAAACUCGCAAACAUAAAAUGGGUGUUUUCACAUAUAGAAAAGUUCAACAUCAAAACUCAAAAUUGAAGAAUAUCGUGAGAACAGAGAGGACUUGUCCUCCUGAGUCUUCAGUCUCUAUCCUCUCUUUCCGCAGUGACAGGAUGUCAAUACUCGCUGUAAGCUUCUUAGGCGCUAAUGAAAGUGGCCGCAUAUUGUCCGGAAGACAGAUGGUUUCUGUCUUGAUUAAGUUUUAAUUUCCCUGACGGGAAAAGCUGACAGGCUUUGCACGGCGGAGUUAUCCCUCUGUGUUCACAGACUAACAUAUCUCUCACAUCGCAUCCUGCCUGAAAGGUGUAACUCCAGGGAGAGGAGCUGAUGUGUGAAACUGCAGGUUUUCACUUCAGCUGACGUGUUGACUGUUGUCUCUGUCAGCUGGAGAGUUAUUCAGAAACAAGCAGGCGAUUUUUAAUCGCUCUCUAUUCUGAAUCUGGGCAGAAAAAAAUCAGAAACUGGAGGAAUUACUGUAAACUUUUGCAUCCUUACCGAAACGAUUAUGGUGUGCAUGAUGUUGACCCAGACACUAAUGGAGGCUUCAGCAGCGACUUGUGUUCACCAAUAACGUGAGCAGAGAAAGCAUGAUGAAGCUGAACAUAUUGACACGGCAUUUACACUGGGGCCUCCUGCUUCUUUGUAUAGUAAGCUUCUGCAGCCAGUUAGUGUCCACUGGCAACCAAAGCUCCAGAGGACAGACAGGGUCAUCGCAGGAGAGGACAGGGACUUGUGAAGUGGUUGCUGCUCAUCGUUGCUGCAAUAAGAACAAGAUUGAAGAACGCUCUCAAACAGUCAAGUGCUCCUGCUUCCCAGGACAGGUAGCAGGGACAACGAGGGCUCUGCCCUCUUGUGUUGAAGCCUCCAUUGUGCGUCAGAAGUGGUGGUGUAAAAUGGAGCCGUGUCUGGAGGGGGAGGAGUGCCGAGUUCUCCCUGACCUCACUGGCUGGUCAUGCAUCUCUGGGAACAAAGUAAAGACCACUAAGGUGGCACGGUAGCAAGACAGAAGCUCCAUCUAAUCAGUACACACCCGCCUGGCCUUCAGCAGCUACUUAACACUGGAUUCUGAGGACAGUGAACACCUCGUCAGAUAGAGCUAAGAACAAUAUAGAUUUAAUUAGAUAUGGCUGGCUGAGCCUUAAAUUGCGGGAACUCAUUAUUUUAAUUUCCUUUUUCUUGAGCACAGUUUUGGUUAGGGAUAAUCCCAUGGAGUGGACAGUCUAUUAGCAAUUGACUUGAGAUAAAAUGAUGCAGCACCCUUUUUCAAUCCAAACAUGCAGCUCCUGCAAAAGUCUGUAUCAUUGUUCCAGUGCUUGAUAUGCUGGGCACAUUUUGAUACACUCAAUCAAAGGUUGGAUGGGCCUGCUGGCAGACACUUAAAAAGAGAUUUUGUGGAUUUUCAGGAGGCAGAAUAUGAAUCCAGUCAGUGGCUUGUGACUCUCUCAACCCGAUCAAAGCAGAGGACCACAAAUACUGAGAAAUUUAUGAUUAUGUAGCAUUUGUAGACAAUGCUGUCCUACAGAGUUAUUCUCAGUUCUGUAAAGAGGUCAGAUCCCUUUGGACUAGUCCUUACCACAAAGAGGCACUCACACAAGCUCACCUGAAAACACACACACACACACACACACACACACACACACAGAAAGACUGCUUUUAAACUCCACUGGUUGGACAGUCCACCACCUGCAAUGCUGUGAUGGCAUGCACACAAGCAUGAAGCCCUGAUG